UUUAUCAAUAAUUGAGUUCAGUGAAAUUAGGAUUCAGAGAACUCUUGUUUUUUUUGUAAUUAAUUUAACACGAUUGUAUUUUACAGUUUUACACUUAUACUAAAUUACAACAUAAUAAUACACUUUUACUAAAUAAAAUCAAAAUCCAUAAUUUUUUGUUUUUUGUUUUAUAAAUGUGUUCAAAGUCCAAGGACAAUGAACAAUGUCGAUUCAGUUGGUCCUCCAGAUCCAGUAUCAAAUUUGAGACCAAUUAAAUAUCAUAUACCAAAACACGAGUCUUUAGUGGAACGUCAAUUGCGGCUUAAGCGAAUUGAAGUAGCAAAAUGGAAUCAUGAAUUUUGGACUAACCACAACCUGAGAUUUAUAAAAGAGAGAGAAGCGUAUAAAAAAUGUUUAUCCGACAAGGGCAUUUCAACAGCCACGGCCGAUCAAAUGUCUGAAUUUUAUAAAGAUUUUUUAGACAGAAAUUGGAAAACACAUAUGAUUUAUAACUUUGAAUGGUAUAAAAAAAAUAUAACAAUUGUACGUUUAAUGAUGAAUAAAAAUAUGUUCAAAGCAAUUCAGUGGAUUAAAAUAUUUAAGUUUUAAUUAUAGAUUAGAAUGCGUCUUUUAAAAUCAUUUGUAAGUGAAGUAUUCAAGUUUGCUUAAUAAACUAUUUUACUUAU